AUGAUUCGAUUCAGCUCUUCGCAAAGGUCCUUCACCGCGGCCAUUUUCUUGCUGCUGUUAUUAUGUGGGUUGGUCUACCACCAGAAAUCGGAUCAGAGCUCGUUUAGUAUUUCGGGGUCAAAAGGUAACUCGAAGAAUGUUCCGAUCGGAGAUUGCUCUGUCGAUCUUGAAUACUUAAGAUCCCUGGGUUUUAAUCAUUCGGUGGAAUAUGCUCGAUGGAAUAUUCGGGUUACCGAGUCGAAGAAAUUUACGGAAUUCUCGGAAAGCCUUGAUGUUCCCGUCCCCGAGUUCAAUCGCCUUGAGCUUGAUACAGAGACCACUGUCGACACCCUUCCGGCAGGGCAAUGUCCCCGGACGGUGAAGAUUGAGGCACCCAAGCGGAAAGCCCCGGUGGACGCAUCCCAUUUGAUGUUUGGUGUUGCGACUACCAUUGAUCGAUUGGACAAUUCUUUAGAAGCCAUCUCACGAUGGGCUGGUGGCACCAAAGCGCGCGUCAUCGCUUUAGUUGAGAGCGAUGCAAGCCUCAAUAUAACCCAGGUCAUGGAACACGCGACAGAGCUGGACGUGACUCUUCAAAUUCUGGAAAACGAUGAAGAAUUUUUGGAUCGUUAUUACAGACUCACCCGAAUCAUAAAUGAACUACGCGAUGAGUCGACACAGUGGGCUGUCAUAAUUGAUGACGACACUUUCUUCCCCAACAUGGAAGGCCUGGUCGCCCAACUCGCCACCUACGACGAAACUAAGCCAUACUACAUUGGAGCACCAACUGAAAACAUGCAACAAAUGGCUUCUUUCACUUAUAUGGGAUACGGAGGCGCCGGAGUCUUCCUCUCAAUUCCCCUGCUGCAGGAAAUCGACGCCUACUUUGAUGACUGCUUCGAGUUUAAAGACCACGGUGACAAGCGGGUGUCAAAAUGCAUCUACAGACACACCACUACCAAGCUCACUUGGGAUCGACACCUCUUCCAACUCGAUCUUAACCCGGAUGGAUCCGGAUUUUACGAAGCGGGUCGCCAAUUACCCCUAUCCGUGCACCACUGGAAAUCCGCAGACUGGUUCCCUGUCAACAUCGUCGGCAUGAGCCAGAUCGCCGACAUCUGCGGCCACGAUUGCCAGCUGCAGCGCUGGAGAAUCACAGACGACUGGUACUUUAUUAAUGGAUUUUCGCUUGUCCGUUACUCAGAACCACAAACACCAGAGGACUUGGCCUCCAUGGAACAGACUUGGUCAUAUUUCGGUUGGACUGAAGAUGAUUCCUACGAGUACAGCCUAGGGCCUCUACGUCCUCGAGACAACGGAAAAUUGUCUUACCGCUUGUUGGAUGCGGUUUCUUCAAACAAGCAGGUCCGACAGAUUUACCUUCGCCAGGAAGAUGAGUGGUUCUACGACGAGGAAGAGCCGGAGAACCCGCAAUUGCUGGAGGUUGUCUGGACAUUGUCAUAA